AUGGUGUUGGACUUAGUCAUCACGGCUCAAAAUCGGGUUUUGGAACACGCGCUGGACAUGAACGGAUUACAUGCGUACUUUCGAGGCAGCAGGGAUCACUUGCGAUCCGGGCAGAAGCAAGGGAUUCAUCGCUACUUCAGUCGGAGCGAGCAGGUUGUGACGGAGUCCGCAUCAGGGAUCCCAAAGAAGAAGGAAACCGAGGAGACCGAGACCGAUGUCAUCAUGACGGAGAUUUCAGAUACGGACUCAGAAGUACAAUGUAUGCAGCCACUGAAGUUACGACGCACUCUGCAACAUCAGGAUUCAAGGCCUCUGGAUAAAGAGGGGAAGUACGCAGAGCUUCUGCUGGGAACUACCUUUUCUCUCCCUCGGGUGGAAUAUGAUUCAGCUCAGGCUCCCUCAGAUCCAGCGGAAGCGUUAGCGAUGCAUUGCUUCAUGCAGGGUGAAGUCACUUGGGAUCAGAUUGCGAGGCUCUUGGAUUUGCUGCCAGCACAAGAUAAAAUCCGCUGGCGUCAGGAAGAGGGCCAAUUGUUCGAGUAUCCCAAAUCCUUCAUGACAGGAGCAUGGGCCAGAGGACCGCAGCAUGGCAUAACACGCAAUGCGAGGGCAUUCCCUUUAGUCAGUCGCUUGCUAUCGCAUAUCAUUCAAAGCGUUGACCCUGAAUUUCACUUCAGUUCGUGCACGCUGUCAAGGAAUGUUUGUGCCAAACCGCAUCGUGACAGUCACAACGCCAAAGGGAGUUGGAACCUUGUGAUUCCUUGCUCGAGAUUUGAGGGUGGCGAGAUCUGGGUUCAGCAGGACAAUGGUGCAUUUCUUUUACAGCAAGGGGGUCAUCCGGGGCAUAUGUGGCCGGCAACCACUCCUACGCGUUUUAAUCCGAGCAGCUGGCAUGCUACAUCACCGUGGACAGGAGUGAGAAUUGUGCUCAUCGGGUUCCACGUUAAGCAUGUUGGCAAACUGCUGGAUGAUGACAGGAAGCUGCUGAUCUCAUUGGGGUUUCGGCCUGACCCUGCUCUUGACUAA